CAAAUUUUGAUAGAAACAAAAAAAAAAUCCACCCAACAGGAGCAUCCUCCUUCUUCUCAACCUCUGCCUCCCUUGCCCUGCAUCCAUCCAUCCGCCAUGAAUUAUCAUCAUGGCCUUACUUUGAUCAUCCGCGAGGAGGGCUCGCCAUCCAACCAAGUCUACGACGCCGCCCACCUCUACCUCCCAACCAUUCAAUUGAUCAAUCCCUCCACUCGGACCAUCGGAGUCACCAAAACACCGCGCAGAGAAACGGUCAAGCUCGCCAUUGAAAGCGGUGAGCAAGUCCCCGACACCUUUGACGGCAUUGACCUGAACUGGCUUUACGUGGUCGAAAAAUGUCCGGACGGCUGUGAUGAACGUCGCUUUGAGCUGACGUUUCAAAAGGAACACAAAGACAAAGUCAUGACCUUCUACUUGGCCUAUGUUGUUCGUCGCGCCGAAGUCAUUAAACAAGAGAGCAAGAUUCUCAACCUCCGCAACGUUAACUCAUACGACCAAGUCGAAUUCGAGCACCCGGCUACGUUUGAGACGAUAGCCAUGGAGCCCGGCCUAAAGCGAAAGAUUAUAAAGGAUUUGGAGAGGUUUGUGAGCAGGAGGGAGUUUUAUAAGAAGGUGGGCAAGGCUUGGAAAAGAGGCUACUUGUUGUAUGGCCCACCUGGCACUGGAAAAUCCAGCUUGAUUGCAGCCAUAGCUAAUUAUCUCAAGUUUGAUGUGUUUGAAUUGGAGCUUGAUGCUAUUGACAGUGACUCUGAGUUGAAGAGGGCGUUGCUGUCCACUACAAAUCGUUCCAUUUUGGUGAUUGAGGAUAUUGAUUGCUCCGUCAAUAAAGAUAAGGAAAACCGGUUCACACUGUCAGGCCUACUAAACUUCAUGGAUGGUUUGUGGUCAAGUUGCGGAGAUGAGAGAAUUAUUGUGUUCACAACAAACCACAAGGAUCGGCUUGACCCUGCAUUGUUGCGUCCUGGCAGAAUGGAUGUCCACAUUUACAUGGGUUAUUGCACCCCAAGUGGGUUUAAGGUUUUGGCCUCCAACUACCUUGGCAUUCCUGACUUGGACGGUCAUGGCCUUUACGGAGAAAUCGUAGGCUUGCUAGAGAGCACAAAGGUUACCCCUGCUGAGAUUUGUGAGGAACUACUGAAGACAAAUGAUGAGGAUGAUGAUGAAGAUGCUGAUGCUGCUCUCGAAAGACUUGUCGACUUUUUCAAACUCAAGAAGCUUGAAGGUGAUAAACCCGAAAUUGAAGAGGCAAAAAAGCAGAAAAUGGAUGUCGAUGUUAAUAAUGUUAAUAUUUUCAAGAGAGAAACUGAAGAAGAAAGAAGGGAGGAAAUGGAUGUCAAAGUGAAUGAUGACAUAGAAAAUAAACUGUGUGUCUCUCUCUCUCUCCCUUGCUGCAUCAAUCCAUCCGCCAUGAAUUUUAUCUUGGAGCAGCUCCUGCUUCUCAUUUCCACUGCCCUCAAUUACCUUGCUAUCCUUAUCUCCCCUCGUCAUGAUCUUCAUGAUCGUCAUGAGGACCUUACUUUCAUCAUCCGCCAGGACUACAGGCCACCCAACCAAGUCUACGACGCCGCCGAGCGCUACCUCCCAACCAUUGACUUGAUCAAUCCCUCCACCCGAACCAUCCAAGUGAGCAAAACGCCGCGGCAAGAGACCGUCAAGCUUGCCAUGGAAAGCGGUGAGCAAGUCCCCGACACCUUUGAGGACAUUAACCUCAACUGGCGUUACGUGGUCGAAACAUUCCGUGACGGCAGCGUAGAACAUCGCUUUGAGCUAACGUUCCAAAAGAAACACAAAGAAAAAGUCAUGAGCUCCUACUUACCCUAUGUGGUUGGUCGGGCCGAAGCCAUUAAAAAAGAGGAAAAGAUUCUCAAACUUUCUAACCUUACCAGCUCAUCAGUGGAUUUGGAGCACCCAGCUACGUUCGAGACGAUCGCCAUGGAGCCCGACCUGAAGAGAAAGAUUAUGAAGGACUUGGACAGGUUUGUGGCCAGGAGGGAGUUUUAUAAGAAGGUGGGCAAGGCUUGGAAAAGAGGCUACUUGUUGUAUGGCCCUCCUGGUACUGGAAAAUCCAGCCUGAUUGCGGCCAUGGCUAAUCAUCUCAAGUUUGAUGUGUUUGAUUUGGAGCUUGCUAGUAUUCGCAGCGACUCUCAUUUGAAGAGCGUGGUUCUGUCCACUACAAAUCGUUCCAUUUUGGUGAUUGAGGAUAUUGAUUGCUCCGUCCAUAAUAAAGAUAACCGGUUCACACUCUCAGGCCUACUAAACUUCAUGGAUGGUCUUUGGUCAAGUUGUGGUGAUGAGAGAGUUAUUGUGUUCACAACAAACCACAAGGAUCGUCUCGACCCUGUAUUGCUGCGUCCUGGUCGAAUGGACGUCCACAUUCACAUGUCUUAUUGCACACCGAGUGCGUUUAGGAUUUUGGCCUCCAACUACCUUGGAAUUCAAGACUUCGACAGCCAUCGACUUAAGGGAGAAAUCGUAGGGUUGCUAGAGAGCACAAAGGUCACCCCUGCUGACAUUUGUGAAGAUUUCUUGAAGGAAAAUGACGAUGAUGUUGAUGUUGAUGAUGAUGAUGAUGUUGAUGCUGCUCUUGAAAGAGUUGUCAAGUUUCUCAAACUUAGGAAGCUUGAAGGGGCUAAUAAUGUUGAUGAGACAGAAACUCAAGAAGAAGAAAAAGCAGGAAAUGGACCUGAAAGUGAAUGAUGAAGGUGAUAACUCAUCCAUCUAAUAUGAGCUAUAGCGAGCCCCUUUGAGAUGGUUUUGGGAUCAAGUACUUUUGUUGGAAAAAUAAAUAUGGAUGUUAGAUUCCUAGGUUUUGUUUGGUGUCACAUGUCCCUUUUCUGUUGGGUCCAUGUUUGGUGUUGUCCUAUUAUCCUAUCUGAUUAUGAUGUAAUCACUUUGGUUAAUUAUAUCGAUAAAUAAACUAAUGGUGUGGUUAACCCUUU